AUGUUCAUCUAUUUCCUUCUAAUGCUCCCACUUACCGAAUCUUCAGCGGAAAUUACGAUUCGCCAAAAAAGGCAAUAUUAUAUAUGUGGUACUUAUCCCAAUCAGUUCCUUUCACUUCAGCCAUGCCAAAUUUGGAUGCAGACAACUCGGCGCUCCUACGAUCCAACCGCGUGCAGCAACGGCGGCACCAAAAUCGGAGUCAGUUGCUAUUUCGAUUAUCAGUGCACACCGUAUUCUCUCUGGCAGCCCACAGUAUGUUUGAGUAAUUGCUGUUGCACAAUUCCUGAUGUUCCACCAGCCACUAUACAACCACCAUCGCCAGUCACGACACCAUCAGUAGCGAACUUGGCUUAUUGCUACAAUGGCCAGCGUUCCCAGGUGCGCUGCACAACAUCUACCGACUGCUCCGCUGCUCAAACGUGCGUCAACAACAUCUGCUGCACAACUACCGGCAACGAGUACAGUGGCGCCUGCGGAGGCUUGGCGGCGCUGUCCGCCUGCACCAAUCAACAGUGCGGUUCGUUUAGCUGUACGAGUUCCAACUACUGCUGCGAGUGUCCGUUCGGACGAACCAGUGGGCAAUGUGCCGUUGGGACACGUGCGUGCCCAACUGGCUAUACCUGCAGCUCAUCAGGUUACUGUUGUGCUCAAUGCGCGUCGGGUCGCCCUCCAUACGGCUCAUGCUUUAACGGUCUCUGCGCAGCCGGCUACACAUGCCAAGGAGGCAACAUUUGCUGCUAG